AACUAGUAUCGCAAUCCAAAGAAAGGUAAUGGUCUCAAAGGAAAAAACUGUACCAAUUAUUCCCUGUCACAUUUGGGUUGGAAGUCUGAAUAAGGAUGAAUGGGACGGAAGCACCCAGUUUUGCCUCAGCAGCGCUGAUGUUCAACUGGGUUGAGUACUCUGUGUUCUGCUCCAUGCUGCUGCUCUCUCUGCUGGUCGGGGUGUACUUCGGUUGGUAUAAGAAGCAGGACACCGUCGCCGAGUAUUUACUAGGAGGGAAGAAGAUGUCAGUUUUUCCAGUAGCAAUGUCCCUUACCUUCAGCCACGUUUCUGGUGUAAGUCUGAUCGGGGUUCCAGUAGAGAUUUACUCCUAUGGGACUCAAUAUAUAGUAAUGUGUAUCAGUUUCGGUAUCAUGUACUUCAUAGUGGUAAACAGCUUCCUGCCGGUGUUCUUCGACCUCCAGCUGAAUUCGCUGUACGAGUAUUUAGAACUUCGGUUCAGUAAAGGAACGAGGACUUUAGCUUCGUUAAUAUUUGCGUUGUCUUUGGUGAUAUUCAUCCCUGUUGUAAUCUACAUCCCGGCGCUGGCUUUUAAUCAAGUGACUGGGGUCUCAAUAUAUGUAAUCACGCCCAUCGUCUGCCUCAUCUGUGUUACCUACACUUCUUUUGGUGGCCUGAAGGCGGUAGUAUGGACAGACACGUUGCAAAGUAUAUUUACUAUGUCAACCAUUAUCUUCAUUCUGGUUCUGGGACUUCUGAAGAUUGGUGGCAUAUCAGAGAUGAUCAGGAUCAAUGAAGAAAGUCACAGGUUGGAGCUAUUCAACAUGGAUCCGAGUCCUUUUAGACGUAACACGUUCUGGACCAUUUGCUUGGGGUCCGUAUUCACUUGGUUAAGUCACGUGGGUGUACACCCGGGCACUUCACAAAGAUUCAUCGCCGUUUCAACUUUCAAGGAGGCCAGAUCGGUGUUGUUGUGGACUUGUGUGGGUUACGUAUGGAUUAAGGUUCUCAUCACCGUUCUAGGCUUGCUGAUCUAUGCCCACUACCACGACUGUGACCCUAUCGCUACCAAGAUGGUUCAGAAGUCUGGACAAGUGAUGCCAUUGUAUGUAAUGGAAGUGGCGAAAGACUACCCUGGACUCACGGGGCUGUUCAUAUCCGGUUCUUUAAGUGCUGCUCUCAGCACGAUGUCUGCGGGUCUGAACACAGUGGCUGGCACAAUAUACGAGGACUUUGUUCAGUUUAUACUAAAAGGGAAACAAAAGUCCGAAGCUAUGCAGGCAUUCACACUCAAAGUCGUUGUUUUGGUGAUUGGCGUGAUCUGCUCAUUACUAGUUCCCAUUGUAGAAAGGCUCGGCGCUUUGCUCCAGGUAGCUUACAGUUUAUAUGGAAUUAAUAGUGGCGCUCUUGUGGGGGUCUUCUGCCUAGGAGUUUUCUUUCCCAGAGCCAACGCCAAGGGAGCUAUAGUAGGAAUAAUAACGAGCGUUAUGGUAAUGAUCAUAGUUGUCUUCGGUGCGCAAUAUUUCAUUGCAAAUGGCAUGCUCAAAUUUCCUGGAAAAGUGACCAGUGUGAACGGCUGUCCUGCAGACUUACUCGCCAGUCUUUCUUUCAACGCAUCAGCACGGGUCCAAACUUAUGUCGGCGUGGGAUCUCCGGUAGUCGCUGAUGCAUCAGUACCUCUCAUCUUCCAGUUGUCCUACUGGUAUUACAUCACUAUGGGCACUCUGGUGGUUCUUCUGGUGGGCCUUCCGGUCUCCUACUUAACGGAGCCUGUGGAGAUGAAACACUUGGAACCAGCAUUGUUCGCUCCAUUCGUUCGUCAGUUUCUCCCACAGAAACAGAAGUUUCCUGUCAAAGCUCCAGCAGAAGAGUACAAGCUUGUUCCUACAAACGUUCACUCAAAGGACAUGGCCGAGCCGGAUGGAGAUAAUGAAGAACAUCCUUAGUUAAUAAAUAGUAAUUUGAAAACA